AUGACGCCCAAACAAUUCUCACGUUUUGAACAAGCCCAAAAGUCAUAUCAAACCCGCGCAAGAGACAACGACAACUCGUGGCACCCACAAUACACCACCCGGUUCGUGAAGCUCAUUGACAUUCAACCCGGUGACCGUGUGUUAGUCCUUGCCUGCGGCACCGGCCUCGAAGCUGUUAUUGCGUGCCCACUAGUCGGUGACAAUGGCCUGGUGACAGCCUUGGACGCAGCCCCGGCAAUGCUUGACGUGUUUCGCAAAAAGCAGGCUACCGAUGAGAUUCUAUCCCGCCGGCUGGUUCUCGUCCAGCAUGAUGUCACAGAUCUUGAGUCCUGCGAGCAUCUUGAAAAGGGCGCGUAUGAUGUUAUUAUUUGCUCCAAUGCGUUUGUAUUAUUCGACGAUCCCGGCCGUGUUGUUUCCCAAUGGGCUGGGUAUCUUCGUCGCGGAGGCCGACUCAUUGUUGACAUUCUCCACGAGAAUCACCCCCGCCAGGAACUCUUUAUGAAAAAAGUCAUCCAACAGAGGGGCAUGACGUACCCUGCCAGUCGGUCAUGGAUCGAAUCAGUCCACUCGUUUCGUGGGAUACUCGAGGCACGACAUCUACAAGUCUUUCGGAUUGAGGCUCUGGAUAAAGAACCUGGUAAGGGACAUGUUUAUCUUGGAAGAGAGGAGAUGAACGCCAUGUUCGAUUACAUUACAAAGAAUCAGUUAAGGAGCAAAACGAGGGUCUUGUUUGAGAGAGAGUGGGAUUCAGCGGCGGAGAGCGAGGGAAAUGGGAACGUGAAGGUUAGUUAA